AUGGAGGAUUACCCUUAUAAGCCUACUCGAAAAAUGCUUGAAUCUUAUCUUGACAAACUAGAAUCGCCAGCAACAGAUUGUGAAUCCCCAGCUGGAAGAUUUAAAUCUAAAGAAGUUUCAAUUACAAAUUCUGAUGAAAAUCCAUUUAGUUUCUCUUUUAAUGGCAAAGAGAAACUUUCAGAAGCAACUAUAAGAGAAAAUAAACGAAAAUAUCAGUUUGGCUUAAACCUGCUACAGUGUUAUUUUCAGCGAAAAGUCAAAGCUACAUUUAAAAUUAUAAAACAUUAUACCCCUGUAAUAUUGGAGCCAAAAGAAAGAUUAUUAAAGAAAAUUAUUACAAAGGCAAAGCGAAAAAGUUUAAAGCACUUUUAUAAUCAAUGGCGCAUGAAUUCAAUAAAGGUGACCUCCCAAACCCAAAUAAAUUCAGCACUUAUGAUGGUCAAUAAAGUGAAUUCUUUUUCUAGACAAUAUAUUGCUUUCUCAAUCCUUCACAGCUUAUUUUCCAAACAUUUCUCGAUUUUUGCACAAAAAUUUCUAUAGCGUCUGAACCGCUAUAGCUGACCUUGGCGAGGGUUCUCUCCGCAGCAACUUGGAGCUUUGACGAACAACCUAAAGAUGGCAAGUCAUCUCCAAGCUGACGAAUCCUUGCAAAAGGGCGCACUUGUGUCAACUUGGAGUUGACUUUUCACCUUUAGGUGGCUCGCCAGAGCUCCAAGUUGCUGCGGAGAACCCUCGCCAAGGUCAGCUAUAGCGGUUUAGACGCUAUAGACAAUGCUUCAAACGAUCUAAAAGCUAGCUCAAAACUACCAAAUUUCGGCAUAAAUAAAAGCAUCGAAGGACUUCCAAAAGACUUUUCCCUUCUUCCUGUAGAAUUCAGACUUAAAUCUUUUACAAAUGGAUAUACAAGACUUAUCACUUUCUUCGAGAAGAAGCAAAUUCUUAAUAAGAAACUAUCAUGAACUGCUUUAUCUAGCCCAGCUUUCUUUUUGAAGCAGACAGAUAGAUAUAUAGAAUUAACUGAGCAAAUCUUUCAAGCUAAAGAAGCUAAAGAAAAAGCUGAAUUUGAAAAAGAAGAACUUGCUGCUCUUCUAGAAUCUAAAAACGAAGAGCUGAAUAGCCUUUUAGACAUGCUCGAGCACCAAAAGUCCUGGGAAUCAAAGCUAAAAAAUGUUGAAAAAGAAACCCUUGAGGAGUCAAAACUACUAAAAAAUCAGCUAAUAAAAUAGAUUCAUUCCAUUUUCAGAAUACUAAAUAUUACUUCUAAAUUUGUUUUUAUAAAAUAAAUAAUGUAGCCAAUAAAACAACAAUCUGAAAUUGAAAAAAUCAAUAAAGAGCUAAUUUCAUGCAUAGAAGACAAAAAAAGGACUGAAGAAGAAUGCUUACGAGCUUAUCGACUUUUAGAAUCCGCUCAAAAACAAAUAAAUGAUCUCCAAAGCAAAGAUGAAAAAAAAUUAAAUCCAAUCAAAGAAGAAUGUGAAACAUGCUCAGAAUUAGAAACUGUUAAAGCUGAACUCGAAGAAUAUAAGAAAAAAUGCGGGGAGCUCGAAGAACUAAGUUUAUCUGCAUAUGAUCAAAUUAACAGCAUGCAAGAAGAAAUAAAUAAGCUGAAGCCAAAACCAAAAGGAGCUACCCAGAAAAAGACGAUAACCAAAAAAAGUAUCGAUAUGGAAAAGCCUCUUGGAGAGCAAGAAAACCAAUUCGCUAUCGAGGUGGUUAACCUAACAAGGCAGCUUAAUAAGCUAAAACAUGAAAGUCGAGCUCAAGGCGAAGCCUUGAGAAAAACCACCUUGGAAAGGGAUGAGCUGAAAAAGCUAAUCCAAGGCAAAAAUGAAGCUUUAGACAGGCUCAGGAAAGAAAAUGACCAGCUUUGCCUAUGCUUAUCAGGGGAUCACUACAAAUCAGUUCAUAAGCUUGAAACUCAGCUUUCACAGACUGAGUCCAAAUAUAAAGAAAUUUCAAAUGAAUUAAAAAUCCAGUGCCAAAAAAACGGAGAACUUCAAGCAGAAAUUGAAAUAUUAAAGAAAAAUAUAAGUUAA